AUGAUUGCGGAGCACUAUGACCCUGUUGAUGUUGACAAGGAACUCCGGAAUGACACCGCCGCACUUGUCAGGUCCGGCGUCAAUGUUCACAGCCCGGACCAACCAAUUACAAAUAUCGCUGACCGAAUGAACGGCACCCACUGGGAUGUGACUGGCGUGGGGUUCGGCCAAAGGGGCGCGCCUAUUUUGGACGUUGUCACUCGUUUUGAAGAUAAUCUUCAUCAGUUUCGCGAGAAUGCGCCGUUGACCCCGACGGUAUUCAACUGGGGUCCUACCACGCUGGCCGCCUCUGUGAUCCGACAUGUACCAUUGAAGGAAGACUGUUCCGACAAGCCUGGAAAAUCGAUUGCUUAUGAGGAAGUAUGCCCUCCCGAGCUAUGUGAGAAGGUGACCGUCGUCACAUCUGGGAGCCUUGAAGAGCUUCUGAAGGGCAUUGAACACUAA